GGGAUAAAUAAAAUUACAGUGUUUACUAGGAUCUCGAUUCUGGCGUACACAGGCCUGGGCCAUGUCUAAUGAAUAUAUUUUCUCGAAAUUCAGUUAUUAGAAGUAGGAGUGGCUUGUCACAUCAUAAUUCGUACGGAUCGUAGGUAAUUUUUUAAAUAAAUUAUGUAUGAAUAUGAAAAAUAAAAGCAAUAAGAAAAUAACGUCUAUUUUCCGUAUCUGUGUUUUUCGAAAAACCCAAUAACUAUACUGGUCGAUCGGAAAUUCGGAAUCAUUCCCGAGACCCUUUACAUGUGCACUGUAAAUGUACAAUGUAAAUGAGUACAUUGUAAAGUGGCAUUACGUGUAAUGUGCACCUCUGCCUACCCCUUUGGGGAUAAAAGACGCGACGAUAAUAAUCCCUUUGCUUGACAGUCGUGUGUCUACCAAUAAGGUAGAGGCAUAUUAGUGUUAGUAUGCAUAAUAUUUAUAGGUUUUGUAUUGUUGCUGUUGCUACUGUCCUCCGACUCGAAUAAUAUUAUUGAUCACAGACAAUUCGCUGUGGGGUGCCACAAUACGUAGAUACAAUAUCAAUUAGAGUACCUUAAUACUCGGUAUCUAUGCUCAUAGUCAAUUUUCAACAACUCAUAUGAAUGCAGUGAUGCUAUUGCACUUGACUGUACCGUUAAACCUAUCUUCACGAUGGAAAUGUGGAUCUCGAAUAAGGUUACAAACUUGUUAAGUAAUUUGACUGGCACACAAUAAUUCUAUAAUCACCAUAAACCAAGUGACAGCAAUUAAACAAAGAAUUUUACAAAAUAAUUUUAUGAAGUUUUAUUUAGCGACGAGAUACCUGUGCUUUAAAGUAUCUGUUUAUUUUGUUAUAAUUUGGAUUUAAAGCUUUGUAAACACCAUGAAGCGAAGAAAAUAUGUUGAGGAGCCCACGAUGAGUGACAAGACAUUACUGUUGAAUGUCGAGGACCUCAUCAACACGGCGUUUGGGACCGCCGAUAGAAAUGUAGUCAAUUUUAAAAUGAUUCAAGCUGUGCUACACAUUUUGGCACGACAGAUGCGUUUGCUUGAACAAGAUGUUGAGAUUAGGGUUGACGAAUUCGGACUUGAUGGGAAACCUCUUGAGGCAUAUGCCAGCGAAGCAGGAUUCGUAGAAACAAAAAAAGGAAAACGAGGAGGUCGGAAGGAAGGAAGGAGACAAGGCAAAGAUGCAGAUAGAAUAGAAGAGGGAGGAGCUAUUGGGAGAAGUUAUGACGAAGACGAAGACUAUGAUGACAGAGAUUAUGAUCGUGGUAGGGAUCGCGAUGGUGGGAAAGCACGAGGUCGUCGAAAAGACGAUGAUCGAGAUGAGGAGAGAGGGGGUGGUCGCGGCAGAGAUAGAGAUUACGACCGUGACGAAGAGAGGGGGGGUAGUCGCGGCAGAGAUAGAGAUUACGACCGUGACGGAGAGAGGGGGGGUGGUCGCGGCAGAGAUAGAGAUUCCGACCGAGACGGAGAUAGGGGGAGUAGUCGCGGCAGAGAUAGAGAUGACGACCGAGGCGGAGGGAAAGGCGGUAGACGUGGUAGAGAUAGAGAUGAUGACCGAGACGGGGAGAGAGGGGGAAGUCGCGGCAGGGAUAGAGAUGAUGACCGAGGUGGAGAGAGAGGGGGUGGUCGUGGUGGUACCAGAGGAGAUGAUCGGAGUGGAGAAAGACGUGGUGAGCGUGGUGGCGAAACAGAAGGCGGAGCUAGAGGAAAAGGAGGUAAAGGGGGAGGAGGAGCAGGUGGUGGCGGAGGAGGUGGAGGGGGAGGGGGAGGAGGAGGAGGUGGAGGUGGAGGUGGAGGGGGAGGAGGCGGAAGAGAUGAAUAUGAAGAAGGAGAGAGAGGAGGAGAUCGUAGUAGAGACAGGGGCGGUGGUCGAAGUGCUGACAGAGAAGGUCGCGGUGGAGAUAAAGGCAGUAGCCGAGGCGGCGGAAGAGAAGACGAUAGGAGCGGUGAAGAAGGUGGUGGCAGAAGGGAGCGAGGAGGAGAUAGAGAAGACUCUCGUAGACAGAGAGGUCAAAGGGAUGACGACCAGGAUAGAUCGGGUGGUCGUGGCGGUGCAAGGGAGGGUGAAAGAGGAGGAAGGGAUGGGGACCGAGGAGGAAGGGAUGGGGACCGAGGAGGAAGGGAUGGGGACCGAGGAGGAAGGGACGGGGACCGAGGAGGACGAGAGAAAAGGGGACGUGGCGGUGGGGGGCGAGGGGCAACUGGUGAAGAUUUCGACGGCGGUAGUGCCAGUGGAGACAGCGCUGAUGGAGAUGAAAGAAGUAGAAGGAAGAGAGAUGAGACAGGUAAAAUACUGUCGGCAAGAAGUGCAGAGCGCAUGAGAGCACAAAAAUCAGGAACUCCUUCGUCCGGCAGAUCAACGUCUGGAGCAAAAACACCUGGUUCUCGUUCAAGCAUCACUGUAUCAGAGUCAAUGCGUAAAGGCCAAAAGGGAGGGCAAGAUAAAGUAUUAGUCGUGGGAAAAGGACAAACUUCGGGUGGCCGCGCACCACGUGUGGGCAGCAUCGACGUGGUGACUGCCUCGCAGUUUGCCUUACUCGAGAGAUCUGUCCGUGAGCUGCAGAAGAUAGCAGGUCCCCUGCCCACACCAUCGAUGCCAGACAACCAGCGCCUGAGACAAGACCUGGCCAAAGGCACCGCGUCUCUCACCGACACCAUGAAAGCUAUGCAGUUGCAAGCCCGCGUAAAAGCCGCUGAGCGCGGGCUGACACAGAUGGCGGGCUUGCUGACGCAGCUCGCGGCGACGGGCGCGCUGCCCAGUGAGAUGGCCAGUCGCAUCGGGGAGGUGGGCAACGAAUUCAAACGAUUCUCCAAAUCGUCGGAUGAGGUAGGAGGACGGCAACAAGCAUAUGGCCAAGGGCCCGGGCAAGGCGCAUUUGUCGGACCACUUCCAGGGCAAGUUGCAGGACAGUAUGCAGACCAAAUGCCAGGACCAGGUCAAGGAAUGCCAGUGCAGGCGUACCCUCCCGGGGCUCGGAAAGGGCCGCCUGGCUCACGUGGCGCGCCCUCGACCACUGCAACGAGUGGGGGACAGGACAGGUACGGACAGUAUGGCCCGGAGCCGGGGGCGCAAGGGUUCGCGCCGCACUCAUCGAGGGCAGCCAGCACGGCGACGGGAUACUUGCCCUGGGAGCCGGGAGCAGGCGCGCCGGAGAGUCUCGGUUCUUCUUCAUUUCGGAAGUCGGUCGCCAUAGACCCGGUCACUGGCGUGGCAAGGACCAGGGGCUCCAUGAUUGGAGGUCACAAGUCCUCCGACGCCGGUGUUUACAAGGCAGUAACACAUGCUGAGAUGGACAAUGUUGUAGCUAUCGUUAGAGAUGACCUGAAGAAAGCUAUCAACACAAUGACGGCUCGCGCCACGCACUCGGCCGACGUGGCGGUCGCAACGUCCAAGGGCGUCGCGGAAAAAAUGGAUCUGGCUAUGAGAUUAGACAAACGGAUCACCAAGCUAAGCUCUCAGGCCGCUGAUUACGCCGCGCAGCUCAGUGGCUUCGAUUCCGGCCUUGCAACUCAGAUGGCCAGCUUCCAGGAACAGAUGGCGAUGGUGAGGAACGAGCUGAAGGAGGGACUGGAGAGACUGGAACAAGCCACCAACAACGCUGAGUCUGCUGCCCUGAUGGACCUGACGGAGCGCUACCAGGGGCUGGUGCUGGAGCUGGAGCACACGCUGCACACGCACCAGGGCCUCACCACGCUGCAGACUCAACUCAACGACGAGCUGCGGAGUCUCGUGGAGUGCGUUGAAAUGCUUCGGGAGCAGAAAGCUGACCGAGAUGAAGUGUUCGACGGCCUCAGGGACAAGGCUGACAUCUCGCGGCUGAACGGUCUACUACACGAGACGGACUUCAUGCAUGCGCGCGCAGAACUCGACAACCGACUGAUGCACUGUUAUGAGAAAUUCACGAAACAGGACAUAGUGUGGCUGGCGGCGCUCAGAGACCUGGCUCUCAUGGCGGAGAGCAAGGCGGAGAUAAUUCAACUGAUGGUGGUGAAGGACACUGCCACCGCGGAGCUGAAGGCGAUCCAGGCGAAGUUGCGGCACCUGUACAUCAUGCUCGGAGAGCCGAAGGCGGCAGUGUUGAUGCGGAUGCUGGCGAAGGACGCGGCGUGCGCGGCGUGCCUGACUCCGGCACUCAUGGUGCCGACAGAACCGAAAUACGGGAUGCCGUUCGCCCUGGCCCAGUUCCGGCCCCCGCCGGUCGGACAGGAGGACCCAUGCCUCACCAAGCUCCGGCCGCUGGUACCGGAGGACACCAGGUCGCACGUGUGCCGUCGCUGGGCGGGCGGGUCGCACACGCUGGUGUCGGAGCACGUGUCGCGGGAGCGCGCCGCGCCGCCCGCCCCGCACGGCCCGCCCACCAAGCGGUACACCGGCUACGGCAGCGACGGACGGUUAUACAUGUUGGAGGAGGAGCUCCUGCCAUGUUUGGAGUGCAACCAGGUGGAAGCAGCGGAACCAGCGGCACCAGCGCAAGUGAUAGCCAUCGAACCAAAACCCUCACCCAAUGUUGGUGCCGGAGACCAGGUUGUGGCUGAAGCAGAGCAAGAGAAAGAAAUAGAGGCGGAGAAAGAGAAAGAACCCGAGAGGCAGAAUGAAAAAGAGGGUGAAGGUGACAACGCUUCCUUGAAGUCGGAACCACUAGAAUAGCGCAGUGGACUUGAACUUUGAGGUAUAAAACUGGAAAUAUAGUGGUUUGAAGUGAUUUACAAACUUUAGAAGAGCAUUAAACAUGUCCAUACAUUAUUCAUGGGCCACGGUAACCACUUACCAUCAGGUGGGCCGUGUGCUUCAUUGCCACCGUCGUGGUAUAAACAAAUAUUGUUAGCUAAUCAAAAAAAUGUGUAUUUCGUAUACCUACUCUCAUUUUGGGGAGCUAUCUGCAAAUUAUUGUUUUAUACUAUAUUAAUUUAAAGUGAGGUGACUUAAUAUGAUACCAAUUACGUAAUGCUUAUUCUGAUAACAUUUAUUUUUCGAAGGAUAAGGUAACAUACGUUAACAAGACAGCCGACGAUCGACCAGUCGAUUGACAAUCUAUCGAUUGGUCGGGUAGAAACUAUCGAUCGACUUCGACUUAUCCAUUCUACCAUCGAUCGAAGGCAUUGAUUGACGAUCGAUCGAUUGGUGGUAACACCCUAAUAAUUCAUACUUUGUUUGACCCUGGUAUCGUACCCGCGGGAACUCCAAUCGGCUAUUAUAAGGCAAAGAAGCAAGACUCGUUAAUUGGUAUCAUAAUUAAGUGUUUGUUAUAUAUCAUGUAGAAAUUGGAAUAAAUAAUAUACACGUAUAAAUUAA